UUGACCGCACAGUUGAAGUGUCCUUGUGAUUCCGGUUUCAUCGGUGCCGGAGAUGAUCGAAUACACCGAGCACUACUUUCGAGGCCUGGACCUCUGGUCACUAGCGGUCGAUGAGGCGUUUUUCAACGUUUCCUUCACGGCCGAGCCAGGAACGCCCAGACACGGGUACUAUCUCUACACACUAUCGGAGGAGUGCGAAAAGUGUCCCUUUACGAGAUGGAAGCACGUUCCGACCGACGGCAAUUAUUCGGUGUUCAAAAUCGACACGUCGCGCCGUUUUGGACUCCGAGUGCACGAUCGUGAUGUGGGAAGCUAUUCGUACGACAACGACACCUACUUGUGUCAAUUGGACAGCCUGAAAUUGGGCGAAUUCGGCGUUUAUGACUUGCGUAUCAGCCCCACCGGCAGCUAUGCGUUCGGGCUAGCCAAGGAUCCGGUAAACAUUUAUCUACCCUUCCUAACGAUCGUGCUGCUCAUCCUCGCUAUCGCCGGUUUGGUGCAUUUGGCACGCUACAUUCUGCGGCGAUUCAGAGCGGAAAGUGUCCCCGCGGCUCAACCAUCCGCGGCCGCCACCACCGAGGGCACGGACGAUGCUUCGGAAGAUAAGGGCGAUUCGUCAGCGGCCAGCCAGCAGUCCAUGCCCAAAAAGCGCCUCCAAAGUUUGGAUACGUUCCGGGGCAUCGCCAUUACUUUGAUGAUUUUCGUCAACAGUGGCGGUGGCCAGUACUGGUGGAUCGAGCACGCCACAUGGAACGGUCUGCACGUGGCCGAUCUCGUGUUUCCCUGGUUUCUGUUUAUUAUGGGCGUUUGCGUACCGAUUUCGCUGCGCAGCCAGCUCGUACGGAAUGUUCCGCGACGCACGAUCGCGGUCACUAUUCUGAUCCGCUCCGUUAAGCUUUUCGCAAUUGGGCUUUGCCUGAACUCGAUCAAUGGUCCGAGUUUUGCCAACCUACGCCUCUUCGGUGUACUGCAACGGUUCGGAGUGGCGUACCUGGUCGUGUCGCUACUGUAUCUUUGGUGUCAUCAAGAGGUCGUUCCGUCGCAGCACUGGUUCGUUCGGGCCAACGUGGACAUUAUCCGUUUAUUGCGUCAAUGGCUCGCGGUGGGUUUACUGAUGGUGGUUUAUCUCGGUGUGAUGCUAUUCGCUUCCGCUCCCGGAUGUGUCAGAGGAUACUUCGGUCCCGGAGGGAAGCAUCUCAUGAACGCUUAUCCCAACUGCACCGGUGGCAUCACCGGGUAUAUCGAUCGGCUUCUGCUGGGUGUAGCUCACCUCUACCAGCAUCCAACGGCCCGUUACGUGUACGAUGGUCAACCGUUCGACCCAGAAGGCCCCUUCGGAUGUGUGCCGACGAUUCUGCAAGUCUUCCUGGGCGUCCAGUGUGGUGCGACCAUCCUUUCGUUCACCGACCACCGGCAGCGCCUGAAACGGUUCGGCCUCUGGUCGAUGGGCCUUGGAUUGGUCGGCGGAGCGUUAUGUGGUUUUUCCAAGAACGACGGGUGGCUGCCGGUGAACAAGAACCUCUGGUCAAUGUCAUACGUCCUGGUGACGGCUUCACUGGCUUACUUCCUGCUGUUCGCCUGCUACUACGCGAUCGAUACACGGCGCGUCUGGUGCGGACGCCCAUUCCUAUACGCCGGGAUGAACGCCAUCGUCCUGUACGUGGGACAUACCGUGUUCCACAAGAUGUUACCCUGGCACUGGCGCAUCGGCUCGAUGAAUACCCAUCUGAUCCUCACGCUGGAAGCGCUCUGGAACACCGCCGUCUGGAAUCUGGUCGCGCUGUACCUUUUCAAGCGAAAGAUGUUCUACAAUCUGUAACCCGGAUGCCUCCGCCGCUUGCGUUCCACAAACCUCCACUACA